CACAGUACCGACAAAGAGACUCUCAUCGUCGACAUGGCAGAGUCAACCACGCCCGGCGUCUACAUGAGGCCAAGCGGCAAGAAGACAUUCGUGCCACUCGAGAACAACCCAGAAGUCUUCAACGACCUCAUCAAACGCCUAGGAGUGUCGCCAGAAGUCGGCUUCUACGAUGUCUACAGCAUUGACGAGCCCGUGCUGCUCAGCAUGAUUCCUCGACCAGUGCACGCUCUGAUCUUCAUCGCUCCUGCACCAGUGGUAUCGGCAGUACGAGAGAGGUACGAUGGUCCAAAAAAUAUCAACUACAACGGCUCCGGUCCCGACGAGCCCGUGAUGUGGUUCCGACAGACCAUCGGACAUGCUUGCGGCCUGUACUCGCUCAUUCAUGCGGUGGGCAAUGGCACCACGACGCAAUUUGUCCUUAAAGACUCAUUGAUUGACAAGCUCUUGAAGGAAGCCGAGCCGCUGGAGCGUGUUCCACGCGCUGAUGUGCUCUACAACUCCAAGGAGCUUGAGGAAGCGCACAUGUCUGUUGCAGUCAAGGGUGAUUCGAUCGCCCCAAGCGCCGAAGAGCCAGUCGGCUACCAUUUCAUUACUUUCACCAAAGGCAAGGACGGUCAUCUGUGGGAGCUCGAAGGCUCGUGGAACCCGCUUGAUCGUGGUCCGUUGGACGAGGCGGAGGACAUGUUGAGCGAAAAGGCGUUGGGGCUAGGAGUUGGUCGCUUCGUCAAACUGGCAGAGGGGAAUCUCGAGUUCUCGAUCGUCGCAUUGGCUACCACACCAAAAGAUGAGUGAUAUCGAAAAGUCGUGCAAAGCUGCUCGAAUGCGAUGCAAGAUCGCUCGCGCACAAGCAAGCGAGUUCUUUUGAAAGAGGCGCGGCUAAAUUUAGUUGGCUUCCAAUCAAAUCUCCGAG